AUGAGCUGGACUACCUUGGUUUUGAUAAUAGGAAUUUGCAUAGGCUUUGUGGUUGGGGUGGGUUUUGCGUUUUCUCUGUUAUUCUGCAUCAGGUGUGGAAAGAAGCAUAAAAAUGUGAAGAGGGUCAGUUCUAAGAGAGGAGCGAGCAUUCCUGUUCAUGUCAAUGGGGCUGAGUCCAGCUCAGCAUUAUCAGAAGGUCUGGAAUCUCCCAGAACAUCUGAGUGGAGUAAUACGCCUUUCUGGUUGGAAGGACUUAGGAGGAAGAAUGAAGCUUCAAUAUGUGGAAUUCCCAAGUAUUCUUACAAGGAUAUACAAAAGGCUUCUUCAAAUUUCACAAUUAUCAUAGGCAAUGGAGCAUUUGGUCCUGUUUAUAAAGCACAGAUAUCUACAGGUGAGGCAGUUGCAGUUAAAGUUCUUGGUGCUAAUUCAAAACAAGGAGAACAGGAAUUUUUAACCGAGGUUUUAUUACUUGGAAGAUUACAUCACAAAAACCUUGUGGAAUUGGUGGGCUAUGCAAUAGAAAGAGGACAGCAUAUGCUUCUUUACAUUUACAUGAGCAACGGCAGUCUAGCUUCCCAUUUAUAUGGCAAAAAUCACGUGCCAUUGAACUGGGAUUUGAGGCUUAGCAUAGCACUAGAUGUUGCAAGGGGACUGGAAUAUCUACAUUAUGGGGCUUCUCCACCUGUUGUGCACCGUGACAUAAAAUCUUCCAAUAUACUGCUGGACCAGUUUAUGAGAGCAAAGGUCACUGACUUUGGGCUUUCCAGACCAGAUAUAGCCAAACCUCGCAUGUCAAACGUCAGAGGAACUUUCGGAUAUCUUGAUCCUGAGUAUUUGUCUACAAAAACCUUCACUAAGAAAAGUGAUGUUUUUAGUUUUGGUGUGCUACUGUUUGAACUUAUCACUGGCAGGAAUCCACAGCUAGGGCUCAUGGAAUAUGUAAAACUAGCAGCCAUGGAAGGUGAAAAAAAUAAGGUUGGAUGGGAAGAAAUUGUGGAUUCGCGACUGAAUGGAAAAUAUGAUGUGCAUAAGCUUAAUGACAUGGCUUCACUUGCAUUCAAAUGUGUCAAUGAAGUCUCCAAAAGCCGACCUCCAAUGAAAGAUGUUGUUCAAGCAUUAUCUCAGCUUUGUAAGAGGCGUAAGAAAAAUCUUAGACGAAAAUCUCCUGCUGCAUUAAGGGAAUUGUCCAUUGAAGUGGGCCAACUAGAAACUCGUGACUUUUCAUCAAUAGAAAGUUCAAAGGUGCUGCGCAGAUUGCAUAGUCGUUAAGUUUUAGCAGAGUGCUAGUGUUUCUGGAUGUAUAAAUAUUUUGUUUACUUAGUUAACGAUUUAACUUCUUCACCAUGCUGGAAAUAUGAAAUAGAAGGGGAAUAACAUCGUGACCGCAUUAGGGCGAUCCUACGCACAAGUUUAAUGAAUUAGGAGUAU